GCCUCGCCCCGUGACGUCACGACGCCCGCGCCGCUGCGGUCGCCGCCGUCGCACGAGUCUUUCCUAGUAACCUGGGCGAUAGCUGUGGAUGUUUCUAAGGAUCGUCUUCAGCCAUGGCCUUGGGAGUCUUGGGAUUAAAGUGCUUCCGCAUGGUCCACCCUGCCUUUCGAAAUUACCUUGCUUCCUCAAUCAGACCUGUUUUGGAAGUUACACCGAAGACAGUGCAUGAAAGACAGCAUGGCCAUAGGCAAUACAUGGCCUAUCCAGCUGUACCAGUCCGCCAUUUUGCUACCAAGAAAGCCAAAGCCAAAGGGAAAGGACAAUCCCAAACCAGAGUGAAUAUUAACACUGCCUUGGUUGAGGAUAUAAUCAACUUGGAAGAGGUGAAUGAAGACAUGAAGUCUGUGAUAGAAGCACUCAAGGAUAAUUUCAAUAAGACUCUCAAUAUAAGGACCUCACCAGGAUCCCUUGACCAGAUUGCUGUGGUAACUGCUGACGGGAAGCUUGCUUUAAACCAGAUUAGCCAGAUCUCCAUGAAGUCGCCACAGUUGAUUUUGGUGAAUAUGGCCAGCUUUCCAGAGUGUACAGCUGCAGCUAUCAAGGCUAUAAGAGAAAGUGGAAUGAAUCUGAACCCAGAAGUGGAAGGGACACUAAUUCGGGUACCCAUUCCCCAAGUAACCAGAGAGCACAGAGAAAUGCUGGUGAAACUGGCCAAACAGAACACCAACAAGGCCAAAGACUCUUUACGGAAGGUUCGCACCAAUGCAAUGAACAAGCUGAAGAAGUCAAAGGAUACAGUCUCGGAGGACACCAUUAGGCUAAUAGAGAAACAGAUCAGCCAAAUGGCUGAUGACACAGUGGCAGAGCUGGAGAGGCAUCUGGCAGUGAAGACCAAAGAACUCCUUGGAUGAAAGUCUACUGGGGGCCAGCAAUACUCCAGAGCCCAGUUUCUGGUGGAUCCCAUGGGUGGCACAUUGGCACCUCUCUCCCUCCCCGAUCCACACAGAAGGCUGUGACUAUGCUGACAGAAGGCUGUCCUUGUGAGGCUCAGUCUUCCAGUGGAACACUCAGACUUGUUCAUUCUCUUCCUCCCUCUGCUCUGGGCCUUCUGGCAUGGGUGGCUCUCAGAAAAGAUUUGCUGCUGGCAAAGGGCCUUUACUCAGGCAUUUGCUUUGACUUGAUGUCGCCAAGGGACUGAGGCCAUUGGCAGGCUUCAUCCCACCUGCUCCUCAUUUUAGGAGCCUCCUUUUCAAACAGGCUCUGUUCCCAUUUUAAAACUCUGUUUGGGCUGAUGUUGGCUGUCACCUGUGACUGGGCACUUACUAGAGGCCCAUUUUCACCAAAAAAUAAAAUCUAAAUAAAUCGGAAAGAAUAAGCCACAAAGGAGAGGAAUAGAGUUGGUCUGGAUUGAUGAUCACUAAGAAUCUGUAUGUGAAGCACCCAGAAGAAGUAGUUUUGCCUAUGAGUCAUCUUCAUACAUGCUCUUUUCUCUGCCGGCAUCGCUCUUCCCCUCCUUACCUGGCCAGUCCUGUUUAUCUUCAGGCCUUGUCUUGGAUAGCACAUCCUCUGGAAGUCUUGCUUUCCCCUCUGACCUAGGACCCUCAUUACUGGCUCUCAUAGCACAGUGUACUGCUUUAUAUGAACUCUUAAGUAUUCUUUUUGCUAAUUAGCCUGCAUAUCCUCAGAACUUUGCAUAAUGCCUGGAGUAUAGUAGGCAGUCAUAUGUUGAAUUGUGAAUAAAUUGCACAUAGUAGCUACCCAGCAAA